AUGGCCACCUCUGCGCGACCGUCGCACGUCCCGUUGCCUGCGCGCGACCCUGCUACUCGCCCUGCUCCUCCCGCCGACGUUCCUCCGACCCCGUCGGCCUUCCCCGCCCUCCCAGCCCACUCGCAGGGCCCGCAGGCCGACACCGCCCACGACGACCACCCGCACCCGCACCCGCAACCGACCCAGCCGGGCAUCUCGUACGCCAAGGUGUCCAAGCACCUCCUCCCGCCCUCGAACGCGCCCCAGGGCACCUCGCUCCCGCCUCCGCCACCCCAGCCGCCCAAGCUCUCGUCCCACAACUCCAAGGAGCGCCUCCAGCCCUCGCAGAACGGCCGCGACUCGCCCUACGCCCGCGGCACUCCGUCAUCGGCCACCUCGUCGUCGUCGGCCAACAAGCCUCGCGCAAAGGCCAACCGCGGCAGCAACGCCCACGGUCAGGGGCCCAACAAGCCCGCCGUCAACGGCAAGCCCGUCGCCAACUGGGUUCCCGAAAAAGUCGGCGUCCACGCCCCGGCCGUCCACUCGCGCGCCGCGUCGUCGUCGGGCAUCCCGGCCCCCGUCUCGACCUCGACCUCGCCUGCGACCUCGACUGCGGGCCCGACCGACCCGCCCAUGCACACGGUCGGCAAGAAGCGCCGCCAGACGCUCCGCAAGGUCCUGCCCCCGACCUCGUCCAAGCUGUCGCCGUUCGCCGCCUCGUUCGACUUUGUGCCCGGCGGCGGGCCCUCGCUCGGCGCUCCCGUCACGCCGCAGCCCCAGCCCGACGCGCACGAGCAGCGCGACUCGUCCUCGCCCCCGGCGUCGUCGUCGUCGUCGUCGGCACCGGCAUCCGGCGACGAGGGUGCGGCGUCCGCAGGCGAGCGCGAGCUCCUCACGGCCGCCGAGCAGCGCGCGAUCCAGCAGACGGUCGGCAGCGCCGGCGCCCAGGGUGACGACUUCCGCAAGAAGGGCUUCUCGGCGACCGACGCCGAGGGCGCCGUCGAGUCGGCCGGCGCCGAGCCGGGCAUGCAGAGCGCCGGCGCUGACAAGUCGACGAGCCUGAGCAUCGCCGAGGACGAGGCGCCGCGUCGCCGGGCCGAGGCCGCGAGCCUCGAGGUCGAGCAGCCGCGCGAGGACCGCCCGCUCGGCGCCUUCCUCGACGAGGCGUUCGUCCACGCGUCGGGCGCGUUCGCGCCGCUCUCGCUCCCCGAGCACGAGGGCCGCGACGCCGACCCCGAGCGCACGCAGCCCCAGGUGCGCCCGGCCGACGAGCUGCGCAUUCCGGGCGCCGUCGACGCGUCGCCCGUCGCCAACCUCGAGUGGCGCGACAAGCAGGGCUGGUGGAGCGAGGGCUACGACCCGCUCGCGGCCGCCCCUGCCGUCGGCGCCGGCGCCGCCGAGGACGUCGAGCCCGAGCGCGAGCAGGCGCACGAGCCCGCGCUCGCCGAGCCCGCGAUCGAGUCGGCCCAGGCGCACGACUACGAGCCCAUCCUGCGCUUCCCGGCGUGGUCGCCCGCCGCCGCCGCCGGCUCGUCGUCGGCGGACGAGGGCCGCAUCGCGCGCGACCUCGUCAAGGACGGCGGGUCGCCCACGCCGCUCUCGACGUUCCUCGACUCGGCGUUCGUCGACAGCGCCGCCGAGCGCCUCGUCGCGCAGGACGGCGCCGACGGCGUCGACGACUCGAAGCCGGACGGCUCGUCGCUCCUGUCGGAGCAGGAGCUGCGCGACAUUGCGUCGACGGUCGGGAGCGCCGGCGCGCAGGGCGACGGGUUCGUCAAGCCGGGCUUCACCGAGGCGGAUCGGCAGGGAGCAGAGGAGGCGGCGGGCAACGAGGCGGCCGACCAGAGCGCCCAGGGCUACAAGCCGAGCGCGCAGAAGGAGGAGGAGGUCGUCGUCGUCGACGUCGCGUCCCAGGCCGAGGCCGAGCAGCCUGCGCCCGUCGAUGCCGCUCGCUCCCCCACGCCGUCGCCCUCCCCAUCUUCCUCCCCCGCACCCGCCGCCGACAUCGAGCCGGUUGAGGCCGCGACCUCGACUGAGGCGCCCGUCGCACCCGCCGUCGUCGACUCGCCCUCGUCGCCAGCCCCUACCACGCCCAGCGCCCUCUCGUCCUUCCUCUCGUCGUCCUUCGCCGCCCCGCUCGAGACCGGCUGGACCGCGUUCGAGCCUCUCGACGAGCGUCGUGCCGAGGCGCUCGCCGCUGCGGGCCCGCUCUCGCCGUCGCAGGUCGACCCGAACGACUUCCCGACGAGCGCCGAGGCCGUCGCCGCCAUGCCCAGGCUCGACGACGUGCUCGACGUCGACAUCGACGCUGAGGGCAAGGUCGUGCCCGAGGUCGAGGGCGCCGAGCCGCAGCAGGAGACGUCGUCGACGCCCGUUGUCGCCGAGGACACGAAGGAGGAGAAGCGCGGUUGGUGGAACGCCGACGAGCCGGCGUCGGCGCCCGUGCACGAGCAGCACGCGGACGGCUCGUCGCUCCUAAGCGCGGCCGAGCAGCGCGACGUCGCGUCGACGGUCGGUUCGGCCGGCGCGCAGGGCGACGAGUUCACGAAGAAGAGCUUCGCCGCCGCCGACGCCGAGGGCGCGCAGGUCGCCGGCGGCGCCGACCCGGCGCAGCAGAGCGCAGGCGUCGGCGCGACGAGCGUGCCCGGGGCGGAGGAGGGCGCCGCUGGCACCGGCCCGAGCGAGGACGAGGUCAAGGCGGCCGAGGACGCGCAGGCGCGCUCCAGCGGGACGCAGACGCCGUUGGGCUCGUUCCUCGGCCAGGCCUUCUCGGGCGAGCCGUCCUCGGCGACCGAGGCGCCCGUCGCGUCGACGUCGACCGCCGCCGAGCCGGCCUUCUCGUCGUUCGCGUCGACCUCGACGCCGGCCGUUUCUUCCCCUCCCGCCGCUGCGCCGGCCGCCCAACGCUCCUCCUCGCGCUCUCCCUCGCGCUCGCGCUCGCCCUCUCCCUCUCGUCCCGCUCGCCGCACUGCCGACAACGACGGCGACGACGACGACGAGGGCGCGCCGCCGCACAAGUCGGCCGACUCGGCCCCGUCGCUCACGCUCGCCAUCGCGAGCGCGUGGCACACGGCGCCGUGGACCCGCAAGAUGUGGGCCGUCCUUGCCUCGGUCGCCAUCAAUGUCGGCUGCCGCUUUGGCGAGCUGUUCGCGCGCAACUUUAUCGGCGUCCGCCUCGGCUGGCCCCUCGGCGGGUCGUCCUCAUCCUCGUCGUCGGGCGCACGCGCCAACACGUCGGGCGUCGGGCUUCGUGCCGCAGGUGGCAGGCGCGCCGACGUGCCGGGGCACGCAGGCGCCAAGACGGCGGUCGAGGCGGCAGGUGAGGCGGUGCGCGAGGCGGCCGAGUGAGCUCGUCGUCGCGCUCAACUAGCGCCUUCCCCCACCGUUUCUUUCGACCCUUUCUUUCUUCUCCCUACCUUGCACUACUCCCACAUUCCGCCCGACGGGCCGUGGCACGCCCCAAAAGCCUCGCCCGAGUGAGGCACGCACCUACCCCUUCUCAUCACCUGUCACGCUCUGCCUCGUUCUCCUCCUUCGUAUCGCCCUCGCAUCUCUCUUCUCCUCUCCCUAUGCAAUAAGACUUGGAUCUGUAGAC